AUCAAAGUAUGGUGCGAGCUCCACUGUGAUCUCGUGAGUCGUGACCCAUGAACAGGACGUGUUCACUCCUCUGUGAUCUCGUGACCCGUGGGUCUGUGAAUAUCAGUACUAGUAGCAGGCUAGCAGCUUGGCACUGCGACGAGCAGGAGGCGCGCCCUGGGUUUCUUCCUCCUCCCUUCCGUCCUCCCGUCCAGCUAGCAAACCCAAUCCCCGUCGCAGAGGAAAUGGCCUCGGAUGCAGCUCCCAAGGGUAAAUCGCCGGUGACCUCCUCCGCGGCGGACGGACCUGAUGAUGAUCAGCUCCAGCCCGGGACCCUCCCUCUCCUGGGGAAGCCGUACUUCGCGUGCAUCAUGUGCAAGUCCCAUGUCCGCCCGCCGUUCCAAGUGGUGGUCCCCAGGUCGCUGGCGCCGUUCCUCCCGGCGGCCACGGCGCCCGCGACGGUGGCGUGGCGCGGCCGCUCCUGGGGGAUGCGCUUCACGGGGGGCCGCCAGAUCCAGCGCCUCGAGGCCGGGUGGCGGGGCUUCGCGCUCGACGCCGGUCUCCGCCUCGGCGACGCCUGCGUCCUCGAGCUGGUGGAAGGCGGCCCGGAGGGCGUGGUGUUCAGGGCGCAGGUCCUCCGUGCCGACAUCCCCGCCGCGAUCCGGGGGCGCGCCGGCGGGGACACAUCGGCCAGCCCCAUCCUCAUCGACUGAUGUGCGUAGCUGUAGCUUGAUGCACUGAGAUGUGGGCAGAACUGAAACCUGAUGUUUCUUUCGUCAGUAAUCGUGCCGCCUGGAGUUA